AUGCUAAUCGAUCAGUUGGAAUUGUUAGAAACAAUGACGCCUGGUGCCUUCUUAGAAUUUCGUGAUUACGUGACACCAGCCAGCGGUUUUCAAAGUCUUCAAUUUCGUAUUAUUGAAAACAAACUGGGACUAACAGAUAAGUCAAGAAGUGUCUACAAAAUGAAUCACUUCACUGAUCAAAUGUUCACACGUCGUGUACAAGCUGAAGAACUGAAAAAGUCAAUGGAAGAAAAAUCAUUGCUCAUGCUUCUUGAAAAAUGGCUUGAAAACAUCUACGAUAGCAUAACGUCGUUGGACUUUUUAAAUGAAUACAAACUGGGUGUUGAACGCUUUAUCGAUCAUGAAGUGGAAGAAUAUCUACCCAAAUUCAAAAAUAGUAUGCCAAUCAUCCAUCGUCCUGAUCAAUCGAUGUCAUCAUUGGUUUUGGCACCGUAUCAGAAACCCCCAACUCCGACACCACAAUCACACCCAGCCCAGUCAAAUAUGGUUGAUCAUCUUUCGCCUACAUUUACACUGACAUUUACAUUAGGCAUUGUCCUAUAUGCAAUACUCAUACUUAACAUGAUGAAAAAUGUUGGUUACGCAUUAUUUCAUUGA